AUGAUUUUAUACACAUCGUUGGCUGUCUCACUGGCAAUUACGUGGGCACUCUGGCGGUUCGUGCGACCUCUACUUUUCCCGACAAUGCUAGACAAUGUACCGGGACCAAAAUCAGACUCUUGGAUCACGGGAUCCCUACUUCAAAUAAUCGGAAAUAAUGCCUGGGGAUUUCAUAAGGAAAUUGGUCAAACGUAUGGAGGAAUAGUUCGAAUCAAAGGCAUACUUGGGAGGAAUGAUCUUUAUGUAUCCGACGCCAAAGCAUUGCACCACAUUUUAAUCAAGGAUCAAUAUGUAUACGAAGAGACUGACGAUUUUAUCGAGUCAAACAAAAUUAUCUUCGGGAAAGGGAUAUUUACGUCCUUAGGCGAAGAGCAUCGUCGGCAACGGAAAAUGCUGAAUCCCGUAUUUUCUAUUGCACAUAUGAAAGAAAUGGUGCCAAUUUUUUAUGGUGUUGCACGUAAGGUUCACCAAACGCUUCUUGGGAAGACAUACAAUGGACCUCAGGAGGUCGAUAUUGCGGACUGGAUGACGCGCUUGGCUCUUGAACUCAUUGGACAGAGUGGAUUGGGAUAUAGCUUCGACGCACUUACCGAGGAUGCAGUGCGCCACCCUCCUUCCCAAGGUCCCAAAAUUGCCCUAAUGCAAAUGUCCAUCCUUCCUUAUCUUACUCGAAUCGGAACUCCACGAUUUAGACGGUUCGUUGUUGAUUGUCUUCCUUUCAAGGAAAUCCAGGACCUCAAAGGUGUCCUUGAUGUUUUACACAAAACGUCAGAGGAAAUAUUAGAGUCGAAAAGGAAGGCCAUUGCUGAGGGUGAUGAGGCAGUGGCCGCUCAGAUUGGCAGGGGAAAGGACAUUAUCAGUAUCCUCUUGAAGGCAAACAUACAUGCCUCCGAGGCUGAAAGACUGUCUGAAGAGGAACUUUUGGGACAAGUCACCUCUUUAACAUUUGCCGCCACAGACACCACUUCUGGGGCUCUUUCUCGCACUUUUGAUCUCUUAGCUCACCACAAAGAUGUUCAGGCAAAAUUGCGGGAGGAGAUCGUGACUGCUCGCAAGGAGAAUGGAGGAGAAGAUCUGGGAUAUGAGCAAUUGGUUUCGUUGCCCUAUUUAGACGCCAUUUGCCGAGAAACUCUUCGACUUUAUGCUCCUAUUAGUCAACUUAGAAGAGUGGCCCGCAGCGACAUUAUAUUGCCCUUGGGUUCGCCCAUUAAAGGACUGGACGGAAAGGAUAUAUCAGAAAUUCCUAUUCCUAGUGGUACGACUAUUCACAUGUCGAUCCUCAAUUCGAAUAGGAAUUCGGAACUUUGGGGAGACGACGCGGAUCAGUGGAAGCCUGAAAGGUGGUUGAAUGCACUACCUAACGCUUUAGUCAAUGCCCGGAUCCCAGGAGUCUAUUCGCACUUAUUGACAUUCCUUGGAGGAGGCAGAUCCUGCAUUGGUUUCAAGUUCUCUCAACUAGAGAUGAAGGUUGUUCUCGCGCUUUUACUUGAAAAUCUCGAGUUCAGUCCUAGUGACAAAAAUGUUUUCUGGUCAAUGACUGGAAUCAGCACCCCCAAUACAAAUCCGGACAGCAACACACCAACACUCCCCUUACUUAUCAAAAGGAUUGAUCAGGAUUAA